CCGUUCGUCCAGCUCCCGGCGCGCAUACCUCCUGCAUCCAUUCAUCUCGCCGAAGCCGCAGCCGCCCGACGACGCAGACAUCGGCUGCUGGCCACGACCUGACCAUGUGCUAUUGCAAAACCCAACAGUCAUAGCUAGCGACGACAUUGACUCAUCCUCCAUCCGGCCGCCAUGGCCAACGACGACCAGGUCAAGGACGAGUCGUCCAUCAAGCCUGUGUCGUCGCUACGCUCGCGCUUUGAAAACAUGACGACCCAGUGUCAGCCUGUUCAGUCUACGCCUCCUCCAUCCGUGCGCCGCUCUCUCGACCUUCCGCGACCCCUCCCACGUCCUGAUCCCACGCCCGACAACACUUCACAAGCCUCGAAGAAAGCGAGGCCUCCCCCACCAAGAGCGCGUCCAGUGUCCACGGCAUACCCUCUGACUCCGCGUCACUCUCCUCCUACCGUUAGUGUACAGUCUCCCGCUUCUCCUCCUAGGAACCUCGACAUCCGCGUCACCAAUGCGACUCCCUCUAAAUCUCCUCCCACUUCUACCCUGUCAACUCCUGGCUCCAACAAUGCUUCUCCUGCGGGCUCUAUUCGUCACUUCCGCACACCGAGUCGAGUAACCACGCCAGCCUUGGAAGCCCGUAUGUCGGCUUUCUUACAGUCUUCGCAGUCUUCAGCAUCGACGCCCGUAGAAAUCAAGCCUCAGUCGAAUGGAGAACAUAGACCAAAAAGCCCAAAUUUUGGAGGCCCUCCGCCUGUGAAUCGCGCCGGCAAACCAAAGAUCGGUAAUUUACCCUCUGCGAGUGUUGAGAGUCUGGCACCUAUGGUUGCGUCCAGGACAGGAAGUACUCAGAUUUCUCCUUUUGGUACACCCCCAAGCAGUUCCGAGAGUACCCCUCACGCCGAGCAAACCAUCCCUGCUAUACCUACCGACUCGAAACCCAGGAAUCAGUCUGCUUCUCAUGGCUACUUUGCUGGUGUCGUGGCUCCUCGCCCUGCUCCGGUACAACAUCGUAACCCUUCUCCCAAGCCUCUGAGCCGCUCGUAUGACUCCUCUUCUUUCCAUCCUUCUCGACUACAACAGAUUCCUCAAAGGGCGCCAAUAUCCGUUCAAGAUGGUACGAAUGAGGAAGAGGCCCCGUCACUACCGCCUCGACCUGAGCGCGAGAUGCAUUCUGGACGUACCAGUCCUACACGCUUUAAUAAUAAAAUCCCUGCUCGACAAUCUCUGGACAUACCUCGUCGGGCCAGUGCUGUUGCUGCUAAUACAGACAGUACCAUGAUGCCGCCUCCACGUCGGACCCAGCCACCUCCUCUUCAGACUUCCGCGUCUGCUCUCUCUCAAGGUUUCGAUAGAAGACACUCGGUCACACCUGCUGCCACUCCCUCGAGCAGUAAACCGCCCCCUCCUGCUAUACCUGCUCCUCGCCGUUCGGUAGACACCCGCCGUGAAGAUUUUAGAAGUAUUCCAUCCACACCGAUGUUGACGCAUCAUGCCGACGACGUCGAAGACCCUCCUGUCAACUAUCCUGGCGGUAACCCUCAGGAUUUCCCGGAUGCAUCACAAGCAAACAGACGCCCUCCGCGGUUCAAGAGUCGCCCUUGGGAUAUCAAUACAGGUUACGAUACCCGCACCUUUGCAGUGUGUGGAGACUUGGUUUGCACGACUGGCUACAUUACGCGUGUAUGGAGUCUGCGUACCGGUGAAUCGUGUCUUACGCUAUCGCAUGGUGAUAAUGUCAAGGUCACUGCGUUGGCUUUUGCGCCAACCGCGGAUGCAGAGGAUGAAGGACGAAGACUCUGGCUCGGUACGAACAUCGGUGAGAUUCACGAGGUUGACAUUCCAACUCAGUCUAUUGUUCGUUCAAAACCCAACGCACAUCCUCGACGAGAAAUCAUCAGAAUUUUCCGCCAUGGAUCUGAACUCUGGUCCUUGGAUGACGACGGCAAGCUAAAUGUUUGGUCUCCAGGCUCGACCGGCAUGCCCAGCUUGGACACCAUACCGACCACUUUCAGAGCUCUCCGAGGUCACUCGUGUUCAGUCAUUGUAGGAGGUCAUCUCUGGCUUGCUGCAGGAAAGGAGAUUAGGGUCUUCAAACCUAGCGCAGCUACAGAAGCGGCUUUCAAUGUCUUGCAAAAGCCACUUGUGGCCGAAGGAGCAGGCGAUAUAACUGCUGGAGCUAUUAUACCCAGCAAGCCGGACCUGGUGUACUUUGGUCAUGCUGAUGGCAAGGUCUCGGUCUACCAACAUCGUGACUUCAAGUGUGUUGGUGUGUUCAGCAUCAGCCCAUAUAAGAUCAGCUCCUUAGCGGGCGCUGGUGAUUAUCUCUGGGCUGGUUAUACUGCUGGAACUAUAUUUGUAUAUGACACAUCCACGACUCCUUGGCGAGUCAUGAAGGACUGGGUUGCUCACGACAAUCCAAUCUGCAGUAUACUCACGGAUACACAGAGCAUUUGGAAGAUGGACAACCGCUUACAAGUUGUCAGUCUUGGCCUUGAUAAUGCUAUCAGAGUGUGGGACGGGAUGCUUCAUGAAGACUGGUUAGAGACCAAAAUGCAACAGAACGACAGCGAGUUUUGCUCCUUUGAGGAGAUCACUGCAGGUGUACUCACAUGGAAUGCUGGUGCUGUAAAACCCAACCACCUUAAGGGCAGCGAAAGAGACGCUGCCUUCUUCAGAGACUACUUUUCCUCGAACACACCUCCAGACAUUCUUAUCUUCGGCUUCCAAGAAUUAGUGGACCUUGAGAACAAGAAAGUCACAGCUAAGAGCUUCUUCAAAAGCAGAAAGAAGGACCCCACAGAACAAGAGCACAUGUCACAUCAGUACAGAGCCUGGCGAGAUCAUCUCACUAGAUGCAUUGAAGAUUUCAUGCCAGCCACUCAUGGCUACACUCUGUUGCACACAUCCAGCAUGGUCGGUUUGUUCAGCUGUGUGUUCGUCAAGACAUCGCUCCGAGCCCGCAUCAAGCAAGUGCACACCGCAGAAGUCAAGCGUGGCAUGGGCGGUCUGCAUGGAAAUAAGGGUGCGUUGAUCAUCCGUAUGAUUGUAGACGACAGUUCUGUGUGUUUGAUAAACUGCCAUCUUGCCGCGGGCCAGACUCAGACGCUUCAUCGUAACAACGACGUUGCUGCAAUCCUUGAGGCUGAGUGCCUUCCCGUAGCAGCUGUCAGCAAUACAGCUGGAACAUUUGUUGGCGGUGGUGACGGCAGCAUGAUUUUGGACCAUGAGAUUUGUAUCCUCAAUGGUGAUCUCAAUUACCGUAUCGAUGCGAUGCCACGGGACACAGUCGUACGCGCCGUCAACGAGAGAAAUCUUGCGAAGCUGCUUGAGCGCGAUCAGCUGUUGCUGUCGCGCAGGAAGAAUCCAGCGUUUAGACUACGCGUGUUCCAGGAACUGCCCAUCACAUUCGCGCCAACGUACAAGUACAAUGUGGGCACUGACGAUUAUGAUACAAGCGAGAAGAAGCGGGCUCCAGCAUGGUGCGACAGAGUACUUUACAGAGGCAUGGGCAGGAUUAAAUGCGAAGACUACAGACGAUGGGAAGUCAGAGUCAGCGAUCAUCGGCCAGUUAGUGCACGAUUGCGGAUCCGCAUCAAGAAGGUCGACGAGCAAAGACGGGUAGCAGCGUGGAGCCGACGAGAGAAGGAGUUUGAAAAGUACAGCGGACGGAUCGCUGGCGAGGCCAAGUAAGUUGAUCCUUGGGUCUGAUGUCGUAUGUGAAUUGGAAGCUGACACACUCCAUAGGCUGGACUACUUGACAAACAUCCUAGGGCUCCCACGGAAAGAAGCUAUGAACCUGUUGAAAGGAU